UAUAGAAAACUUGACUUUAACACUUUUGAACCUGGCGAGGUCGUUCCUUUCCCCGCUGGAGAAAACACCUGUGACUUCCAUGGAGUUGAAGACGAGUGCGAUGGAAGAAGGAGGAAUUCUUCUACAACUCUACGAACUCGAAUACUCUGAUCUGAUGUUCUUGUCGUCAGAUCAAGCUUCUUCAUCUUCAUUAUCACCGCAAGAGAUGGGACGUAUGGAAUCGAUUACCAGAACUGUAAUGGAAAACCUAGGGCCUACAGGACCUGGUCUGUUAGCAAUCACUGGGGUCCCCAACGCAUCCAAUCUUCGCCGAAAGCUUCUUCCACUGGCCCGCAAGCUCGCACUUCUCAGCAAUGAAGAUCGUAAACGCGUUCUCAAGGAGCACAGUUUGGGGAGUGAUGUUCCAUUGAAGAAUCUAGAUAGAUCUGUCUCAUCCUUUGCAAUGCAGUUGAAGUAUGUGCAAGCAGCCAAGUGCACCGAAGGCAAGGGAAGUCAUGUAGGAGUCGACAGUCACAACAUGCAGCAAGUUUCUCCUGAUGCUGAGAAGCUGGGAGAGAUGCAGGAUAGUGAAUUUAGGGAUCUCAGGAACACAUUUAAGGAGCUAGGAUUUUGCAUGAUAGAGGUUGGGCUUGGCCUUGCAAGAAUAUGUGAUAGGGUUAUUGGUGGCCGAGAGAUAGAGCAAAGCUUGUUGGAGUCGUGCACUGCAAAAGGGCGUCUCAUACAUUAUCAUUCACCUUUGGAUAACUUUAUUAUGAAAGAAACCACUAGAAAAAGGGGAUCCACCAAAGUAUGGCCUAAUGGAUCUACAGAAGCAGAACGGUCCAUGAGGAACGAGCAAUCAAAUUUCAAAGAAAGUGGAAGCAAAUCAUGUGGAAGUCGGUCUAAUCUAUGGCAGCAGUGGCAUUAUGACUAUGGUAUUUUCACGGUCCUGACAGCACCAAUGUUUAUUCUGCCAUGUCAUCCACAAACAUCAAGAACCAAGGAUUCACCUUGUGAUCAAAUAUGUCCAUACCCUGGUGGGAGCACAUAUUUGCAAAUAUUUGAUCCCAACAAGAAUAUUGUUCUCACCGUUAAGGCAUCUCCUGAAUGUUUCAUUGUUCAGGUGGGGGAAUCAGCUGAUAUAUUGUCAAAGGGGAAGCUUCGAUCGACCCUUCAUUGUGUUUGCAGGCAUGAAAAUCUGGAAAACUUAAGCAGGGAAACUUUUGUUGUCUUCUUGCAGCCUGCAUGGAGCAAAACUCUCUCUCUCUCUGAUCACCCCAUUGAACACUUUCCUUCAAGCUGUCAGCAUUCUGGAGUUUGGACCAAGGAAACCGAGAGUGCUGAGAAGGAACUUGGAAAAACGAUAGAUAUACAUAAAAUAGUCCCAUCGCUUUCGUCGCGGUUAAAGGAUGAGAUGACAUUUGCAGAAUUUUCGCGGGAAACUACAAGACAGUACUAUGGUCCAAGUGGUUUUCAGCCAAACAGAUCGUAAGAUCUUCUUUUCUUUUCGCAUUUGUGACUGCUGUAGCGAGGGGACCUCCAUAUUGCCCUGCGAAUAAACCGUCAACUUUCCAAGACUGAUUGGUAAUUGGUUACAGUUUGAGGGGA